AUGCUUUUUAUUAGCCGUAUCACGGCAUUUGUUUCUUUCGGUGCUGCUGCUUUUGCUGCUGGACAUCCUCGGGUUGAAAUUCGGAAUGGGAGUAUCAAGGGAAAGACUCUGACUAUUGCCAAUGCUACUGCGAAUGCUUACUUGGGAAUUCCUUUUGCGAAGCCACCGAAGAGAUUUCAAGCUCCUGAAGUUGCGGAUGUCAUUUCUGGAGAGUACGAUGCGACUUCUUGGAAGAGCAGCUGUAUGCAGACUGGAAGUGGAACUGGUCUAAAGCAAUUCACCGGGAAUACAAGCAUUCUCGACGAGUUUGCCAUCGCCGCUUAUAACGCCACCAACAGCGAGGACUGCCUCUAUCUAAACGUCUUCGUGCCCCCCAACGCAACCUCAACCAGCAAACUCCCCGUCCUCUUCAACAUCUACGGCGGAAAUCUCCAAGCAGGUUCCGGCUCGCUUGCAGUAUUUAACGGCGUCCCAUUCGCAGCCCACCAAAACGCCAUUGUCGUGACAUUCAAUUACAGAGUCGGCGUCUUUGGCUUCACUCCCUCUCCGGAGCUGGAGCAAAAGAAUCCAGGAUUCCUCGACCAACGUCUUGCUCUUUCGUGGGUACACAACAAUAUCGGGUCUUUUGGAGGAGAYUGCGAUGCCAUUACGCUCAUGGGGCAGUCGGCUGGUGGGUUUUCUGUGAAGCAAUUGUGGGCGAAUCCUCCCACACCAUUACCUUUCCGAGCGGUGAUUAUGGAGAGUCAGAGUUUGACUGCUCCGAUUGAUGGCUGGCCUGCUUUGACGCAGUUGACGAAUUGUUCUACGGCUAUUUCUCCACUCGCAUGCGUCCAAGCAGUCGACGCAGACACCCUCGUCUCCCUCUCCCGCAGCAACUCCCUCUCUUUCCCACCCACGGUAGACCACAUCACGCACACCGAUCACAUCGAAGUCGCAAUCGCCCAAGGCAUCCCCGCUAAAGUUCCCAUUCUAAUCGGCACAAACGGCAACGAAGCCGCAUCUCUYGUGCCCGGUCUAWCGAAAGAACAAAUCAGCCCAUUAUGGGCCAUCACAGUGGGUUCCACGACUCCAUCUUUCGAUUCCCUUUACAACGCUACUGUGGAUACUUGGGGCAAUCACACCGCUAGCCAUAUUUACAACCAAUAUGGUUUUACUUGUCGUGCGGAGAUUUUGUCUACUCGGGCCGCGGAGAAUGGAUAUCCUGUUUGGAGAUACUUUUACAAUGCUACGUUUCCGGAAUGGGAUGCUUAUCCCGGGGAGAGUGCCCAUGGUGCUUUUCACGGAGCUGAGUUGGCGUUGCUUUUUGGGACGUAUUCCCGUAAUGGAGGCGCGACAACUUCCAGGGCUGAACGUGUCUCGUCCUAUCUUCAAGACACUGUUGGAAAGUUUGUGAAAGAUCCAAUUUCUGGACUCGGUUGGCCUGCUGUCAACUCCCAGCCGGAGUAUCUCUUGAAAAUUGACAAUCAGAGUAAUGAGGGUACGGCUGAUGUGGUCAUCAGUAAUGGAGUCAUUGAUGAAGACUGUGGACUUUUCAGCGGUUUACAGAUUUCUACUGGGGUUGUUAAAAUCUAG